AUAGACGAUCCAGAAAAUGACCUGCAUGAGAUGGUGCGUGAAGCCGAUAUCAUUGGCACUGUGGCCAACCUUGGUGCAAAUCAAGCCCUGACCUCAGACUACGUGGGCUCCAGUUACGAGAGAGGGCUGCUCAAUCCCAGCUUGCUCAAUGAGGAGGAUUUCCAGAUGGCCACUUACACGCUCACGAAUGCUGUCCCUCUGAGCCCGUCUCUGAGCAAAAGCUGGCACAGAGACAUUGGGAGGGUAGUGGAGCAAGCUCUGGUUCCUCACUGCUCCAAGAAGGAUCAUCUGUAUCUCCUCGCAGGCGCGAUUCCUUCCGGUGUCCGAGUUAAAGGCAAGGUGUCAGUGCCAGAGACCCUCUGGCUGGCAGCCUGCUGUGAUGAUCGGGAGGGGUGGUCCCUGGGACUAGUGAAGAAAGUGAAUGAUGAAAACAGCUUGGCGGACCUCACGGUGGGAGAGUUGGAGAAGCAGCUUCUAGCAGGGGUUCACUUGUUCAACGGCAACUGUGGGGAAGACAACCAAAGCCAGGAGAAAACAGAAGCAGUACUGCAAGCUGUCAGUCAGAUCCGCUCUGGAGAUCAAGUAGGAACAAGUGACAACCAGGAGGCCAGAGACAGCGGCUUGGUGAGGAAAGUGGCUGGCAUUAUUGCUACCCCUUUCAUCAAACUUCUGGAACUCCUCAUCUAUGUGUUUGUGGAGCUGGUGAAAUUUGUGUUUUAUUUUCUGUGGCUUGUUAUCAAGCGGGUUGGUGGCACAGUUCUGGAUGGAGUCUACAGCCUGUGGAACGGGGUGGUGUCCUACCUUAAAGCCAUCAGCAUGGUGCUCAUCAGCAUCCCCUAUGAUGUGGGGAGGGUCAUCAUCAACAUCUUCCUGGGCUUCCUGCAAAUUGUUCAAGAUGUGGCGUCCCUCACCUACAGGAUCCUGUGCAUCCCUGUGGGGUUUGUCCUUCACCUCGCUGCUUUCCCUUACCACUCCAUCUGUGCCAUUCCCUCUGUCCUCAAAGACAUGGCCACUGGGAUUGGGGGCACAUUCUCGCUGGUCAUCGAUGCCACAGCUGCAGUUCUGCAUGGCUUUUAUUACUUGGCUGGUCACAUAGUCAAACGGUUUGUCCCUAAAGGCUCCUCUGAUGACUGA